AUGCUUUGCCUCGUUUUUCCUGGGCUUGUUGUGUCUGUGUUCUGUGGACACAGAACAGCGGGCGCCACCAUUACGGGAAAAGCCGAAACGCUUAAUUGCUUGACCGAGAUGAACGAGGCAAGGGUAGCCGCGGGUCUCCCAGUGUUUGGUAAUGCGACGGAAGCAGGACAAACGCUGCCGGAACACUCUCCGUUGGUGCUACAGAUAACAGCUGAAACUUUAUGGGGGCAAAUAUGCAAAAAGAUAUUCAGGAGUAGUGAAAUCGAUCAAUUGGUGGGAACGCCUGCAUACUACGCCGGCGACAAUGACUGCAAAGCGGCAGUGCAAUACUGGAAAGACGGCUCUUCUCUCUGCAAAAAUGAGAUACCUCCAACGUACCAAGCGCUGAACGACCCUGAUGUUUAUACCGACAAGGCCGUCUCUUUUGUCGCCCUCUAUAACCCCCAGGCGAACCCUGUGGCCAGCUGCGCCUCUGUCACCUGCACAAAAGCAACGGUGUUUGCUGCCCAAGAUAUGUCUAGAAGCCCGAACGGUCAGUCACCAAGGAGACUUCAAGAUGGAAAUCAAACGGCUACAGCCGUCAUCUGCUUGACGAAUCCCAAAGCACUGGUCGCGGGACAAUCGCCGUUCAAGGAAGAGGAGUGGAAGAAGAUUGUUGACGCCAUUGUCGGUACUGAAGAGGUCAAUAGGGUUCCUCCUGUUAGGCCGUCAAUAACACUGGGGUUCAUAACGAUGCUUUUCGCUUGCGGACUUUUUUAA